GUGUGGUGAGCUGUGUCUCGGAGACUGUAGCGGCGUGUGGUGAGCUGUGUCUCGGAGACUGUAUCAGCGUGUGGUGAGCUGUGUCUCGGAGACUGUAGCAGCGUGUGGUGAGCUGUGUCUCGGAGACUGUAGCAGCGUGUGGUGAGCUGUGUCUCGGAGACUGUAGCAGCGUGUGGUAAGCCGUGUCUCGGAGACUGUAGCAGCGUGUGGUGAGCCGUGUCUCGGAGACUGCUGAUACAUCGGAGCAGACGGUCAGGGUUUUGUUUAUAGAGGAGGUUUGUUCACCUCUGCCGUGGUCCAGUGCGGGUACCCUAACCCCUGCACCACCAUCAUUAGGACAGCAUAGUUCUUGCAAUGUGAGGCUGGAUUCGCUGAAGCGUCCGUCUGUGUGACACCGUCUGAUGCCCAAAAGAAAUCUGUGAAGAACUUGUUCUGUGUGAAGUUUUCACCGGUGGAUUACUGGGUUUCCCUGGAGAGGUCAGAGUUUAUUGAACGUGCAGCUAUCGUCCAAAGCCAGUUUCUUGUAAUCAAUAGAAAAGUGUGAUAUAUUGUUAUAAUAGAUUUCGUUCUUGUUGAGUUUCAUUUCUUCUUCUUUAUUGGAUACCAUCUUCGCCGAGUAUCGCUUGUGAGCGCUCGUUGGAUAUCGUCGUGAGUACUCGUUCUGUGCGGCUUCUGUGCGGGUUUUUCCAACAACGCCGGAGCCAGAGGGAAUUGUUUCCUUUGUUCAGCCUGCUCGAGAGUACAUUUCCCUGUGUCUUUGGCCCUCACGUACAAAGGAAAUAGCACAUCUCACGUACAAAGGAAAUAGCACAUCUCACGUACAAAGGAAAUAGCACAUCUCACGUACAAAGGAAAUAGCACAUCUGGCUUUCACCUGUAUCCCACUCUCGCCAUUUAGUCCAGACGACAAGAGUCUGGUCACCCACACAUCGUCCACUGACCUCUCUCCGAGCCAGUCCAUGUGUCAGUGGCGACCUUUGGGUCACCUUCUCUGCCAGAAUCCCCUGCAUGUUCAUGAGGUCAGCCGUUGCCUAGCAACCGUGCGGUCACCAUGAAAGAGUCUCCGACAGAGAGCGGAGGGGGCGGGCUGUCUGCAGACAACAGCUCGGGUACCGUGUUCAUCCGGGUGGCUGUGCCGGAGCUCAAAGUACAG